AUGGAAACGAAGCAAGAAGAAGAUGAACAGAAGACUGUUCUGGACGGUCGUCUUCAAAAUAUCCUGAAUAUUUGGUCAAGGUGUAAAAUUGACUUUGCUAACGAAAAUGAAGAAUGCAAAAAAUUACGAGAAGCUAAUUCGAAGUUAGAGCUCGAAUUGAAAGAAGUUCGAGAAAUGGAAAAGUGCCAUCGUUACCAUCUACUGACAUCACGAGAGAUGAUAGGCAACCUUCAGGAGACCGUGUCACAGCUGGUUUAUCUCAAAAGAGACGUAAAAAGAUUAAAGGAGCAGAUAUCUUUGAAAGAUAAUAACAUUGCGGAUAUAGAAAAGGACAAAGAAAAUGCGUUUCAAAAACAAAACGAAAUUAUAAUGAAGUUAAGGAGUGCUUAUGAGACACAGAUUGAAGAGUUAAAAACAGACAGUAAAAGGGAAAUUCAACAGAUGCAGCAGGAAUGUGACGCUCAGGUGGCACAGUUCACGUGUGUCAUCGAGGAACUUCGAGCUAAGAUGCGGGAAAUGGAAGCUGAGCAUAGGGAUAAGAUCAACGUGGUAGUGCUAGAAUAUGAGGAGAAGGUACAACGCGAGGCUGCGCGUGCGACCCAACUACAAGAGGAACUCGCCAGAGAGACUGCCCGCACAGACCUCAAUAUCGAUGCUUAUAGACGGCGAUUGGAGGAACUAGAAGAGAAACUAAAACAAAGUCAGUUCAAGCAAUACUUACAAAGCAGUUAUCCAUCUCAGUACGAAAAUCACGUUGAGAGACCCUAUUCUGCUAACAGGGAACCUUAUAUAGAUUGUCAUAAUGUCGACACAAACCCAGUACAAGACGUAAAUAAAUAUCCUUUGCCAACUUCCCAAAAUAAAGCACAGAAGACUGCAAACAGUUUGCAAGUAAUUUACUACGAUAACAAAAAUGACCGAGCUCCUAAAGCGAAAAGUUCCGAGAAAAAAGGUCUUUUUCAUAUUACUAAGAAAAGGAAACUCUACAACGACAAAGACUUCCAAGAGUUUUAAUUUAAUUUUUGUGUAAUUGUUUAAGUUAUAAUUUGUUGGUAAUAAAUUGCACGUUUUGUCCAA